AUGGGAACAUCUCAUUCGUCAUCAAAACUUUCGAAGGAAGAUGAGGAAAGCUGUAAUGAAAGUGAUCGUGAGGAUUCGUCGGUGGCUGAAGGCACACCAGUGGUGCGGCCGAAGAAUUCGAAAAAAGGACCGUUUGAUUUUGAGGGCACGCGUUGUUUUCAGGAGAUCGAUCACGAGCACACGGGUGCGGUAUGGUGUAUGAAAUUUUCGUUAUGUGGACGAUUGCUGGCGACAGCGGGCCAAGAUAAUAUAAUAAGGGUUUGGGUACUUCGCAAUCACUUAUCGUACUUCAAUACGCUACGUGAUCGUUACAAUUUGAAAUCCAAAAAAAGCACGAUAUCGAUGGAUGAAAAUUUGAUGCAAAAUCAAAUGCAGGAUAUUGAAAGUGAUUUAUGCUCAUCCGCAACGAUUGGUGGAAGUGCCGGAUCGUCCUCGUCACGUGACGAUGAAAGUACCACAGAAACUGCAUCACUGAUUGCUCCGAAACCAUUGUGUACCUACAGAGGCCAUACUGCCGAUGUGCUGGAUUUGUCCUGGUCACGCAACUACUUCAUCCUCUCAUCUGGUAUGGAUCGCACAGUAAAACUGUGGCAUCUUUCACGUCCCGAAUGCCUCUGUUGCUUUCAGCACAUGGAUUUUGUCACAUGCAUCGCUUUCAUGCCAAAGGACGAUCGAUAUUUUCUUUCGGGAUCACUGGAUGGCAAACUUCGGCUGUGGCAUAUUCCGGACAAGAAAGUGGCACUGUGGAAUGAGGUGGAACAGGUGAAAUUCAUCACAGCAAUUGCUUUUGCAAAGAAUGGAAAAUUUGCUGUUGUGGGCACCUAUGAUGGUCGUUGUUUCUUCUUCACAACCGAUCAACUCAAAUAUCACACAGUUAUUGAUGUGCGAUCAACUCGCGGGAAAAAUGCCAGAGGGCAUAAGGUCACCGGCCUAGCCGUUCAUGGCGAUAAAUUGCUGGUAACAUCAAACGAUUCACGUAUACGGAUGUACGAUCUUCGAGAUAUGGCACUUACGUGUAAAUUUAAGCAGCGUCGGAGUGCCGAAGAGCGUUCGGAUCAGUCGAAAGCGAGCAAAAAUAGCGCUGAACGCCAGAUCCACGGUGAUGUGAUCAUUUCGGCCGAUUUGUGCGGCUCAAUUCGAGUU